AUGAGAAGAAUACUGUUAUCACAGUCGCAGGUCUCGAUCGUAGUAUCCUCCGGAGUCGUCUUUCUUUUCACGGUCCUCCUGUUCCUCUCUGGAUACAUUAUACAGCAACGAACAGUCAAGGGCCUCCAAAGUGCAUUGAAGCCUCGAAUACCUCAGGCCCCUACUUCAUUCAAUACGCAUUCGCAACCGUCAAACCAGGACACACGGAGAUCAUCGCGAAUAUUCGGACAACAGGGAGGGCAUGUGGCCUACGCUGAUCUCGAUCGCGAUGUUCACGACGCAGGCGCCAGUGUUAACUGGCAGAGGCUAGCUCACAUACAGCUUGUCAGGAACCACCACGAUGUCUGCAGCGCCAUCAUGAUAAUGGCUGAGUUGCACAACCAAAAGUCGCCGGCGAGAAGGUUGUUGCUUUUUCCAAAGGCAUGGGCGGAAGAGAAGGAGGCCAGCAAGGGAGACAUUUCGGAUCCAUAUCUCGCUAGCACGAGGCGGUUGAUGCGAAUGGCUGCAAGAAGAUACCACGUCGAGCUACACCCAAUCGACCCAAUACGCAAAGACGGUGAUGUGGAGAAGUACUCGCUGGCGAGUGCCUUCGCGCUUCAAGGCUCAUUCGAUCGCGUCCUCACGAUCGAGACGCCAGGCCUGCUGCUGGACUCUGAGCCACUCGACGCUCUACUUGGAUUUACGGAACCAGCACCCUUCAUGAUGCUUCAUGACACAGUGGAGAAUGAUGGGGUACAUUCGGAGGACUUGUUUCUGUUCGAGCCAUCGAAGGAUAUCUACUUGGAGCUCAAAGAGCGCAUUGCAGAGCCGAAGAAGUCAGGCUACAAUGACACGGAUCUUGCAAGCUUCUUUACCGAUCCAGUAUUGCUGGCGUCUAGCAAUGAGAACAAUGCCCUCAUUCGGUCGAUAGGAACUCUCCAUGAUGUCGGCCGGAAUUUCAAUCAAACUGCAUUCCUGUCUGAUGUGGGAUACAUCCGCUUUUCAGAUCCGAAGCUUCCAGGGCCAGAGUAUGAAGUGCCGUGGGCAGACAAGGUAUCUGCGAGGCCACGAAACAAGGACGCCGACUGGACUUGGACGAAGUUGUACGGAGAGUUUGCAGAGAAGAGGAUGGAUAUCUGCGGGCUGGACCUGGAGAGUUGGAGGCCGUGGUAUGAUUAA